GGAAGUGCGGAGUCUGCGGAGCGCAGCCUGCUGUGAAGGAAGGAAGUUGGCCCCGGAGCGGCCUGGGCCGUGUGGGCAAGGCCGCGGGCGGCAGCAGCGGCUGCUUCGGCCAACGGAGGGUGGCGCGAUGGGAGACGAGAUGGAUGCCAUGAUCCCCGAGCGGGAGAUGAAGGAUUUUCAGUUUAGAGCCCUGAAGAAGGUGAGAAUCUUUGACUCCCCUGAGGAGUUGCCCAAGGAACGCUCGAGUCUGCUAGCCGUGUCCAACAAGUAUGGCCUGGUCUUUGCUGGUGGAGCCAGUGGGUUGCAGAUUUUUCCUACCAAAAAUCUUCUUAUUCAAAAUAAACCUGGUGACGAUCCCAACAAGAUAGUUGAUAAAGUUCAAAGCUUACUGGUUCCUAUGAAAUUCCCAAUACAUCACUUGGCCCUGAGCUGUGAUAACCUCACACUCUCCGUGUGCAUGAUGUCCAGUGAAUAUGGUUCCAUUAUCGCUUUCUUUGAUGUUCGCACAUUUUCAAAUGAGGCUAAACAGCAAAAACGCCCAUUUGCCUAUCAUAAGCUUUUGAAAGACGCAGGAGGCAUGGUGAUCGAUAUGAAGUGGAACCCCACUGUUGCCUCCAUGAUGGCAGUUUGUCUGGCCGAUGGCAGCAUUGCUGUCCUACAAAUCACAGAAACAGUGAAAGUGUGUGCGACUCUCCCUUCCACGGUGGCAGUAACAUCUGUGUGCUGGAGCCCCAAAGGGAAGCAGCUGGCUGUGGGGAAACAAGAUGGAACCGUGGUCCAGUAUCUUCCCACUUUGCAGGAGAAAAAAGUCAUUCCUUGUCCUCCGUUUUAUGAGUCAGAUCAUCCUGUCAGAGUUCUGGAUGUGCUGUGGAUCGGUACUUACGUCUUCACAAUCGUCUAUGCUGCUGCAGAUGGGACCCUGGAAACUUCUCCAGAUGUGGUGAUGGCUCUCCUCCCGAAAAAAGAAGAAAAGCACCCAGAGAUAUUUGUGAACUUUAUGGAGCCCUGCUAUGGUAGCUGCACGGAGAGGAAACACCAUUACUACCUCAGUUACAUUGAAGAAUGGGAUUUAGUGCUGGCAGCAUCCGCAGCUUCAACAGAAGUCAGUAUCCUUGCUCGACAAACAGAUCAGGUUAAUUGGGAAUCUUGGCUCCUGGAGGAUUCUAGUCGAGCUGAACUGCCUGUAACAGACAAGAGUGAUGACUCACUACCCAUGGGAGUUGCCAUAGACUAUACUAACCAAGUGGAAAUCACCAUCAAUGACGAGAAGACUCUCCCUCCUGCUCCAGUUCUUAUGUUGCUUUCAACAGAUGGUGUGCUUUGUCCAUUUUAUAUGAUCAAUCAAAAUCCUGGGGUUAGGUCCCUCAUCAAGACGCCAGAGCGACUCUCAUUAGAAGGAGAGCGACAGCCUAAGUCGUCAGGAAGUACCCCCACUACUCCAACCUCCUCUCAAGCCCCGCAGAAGCUCGACGCUCCAGGCCCUGCGGCCCCAGUCUCUGGUCCACCUCCAUCGCUGGCCACUCCCCCUUCCACCUUCUCUUUGCCUUCUGUUGGAGCCCCUACUGUGUUCUCCUUUGGCUCUUCGUCCCUGAAGCCAUCUGGUUCUGCCACAGGGGAGCCCCCUCCGUAUUCCAGUGGUUGUGGCACAUCUACCUUCUCUUUUGCUCCUCCUUCUCAAGCCUCCGUAGCGUCCACCCCUGUGGCCUCUCCCAUGGUGCCAUCCGCCAGCACGUUCUCCUUUGGAUCAUCGGGUUUUAAGCCCACCCUGGAAAGCACACCGAUGCCAAGUGCGUCUGCUCCAAACAUAGGAAUGAAGCCCUCCUUCCCACCCUCGGCCUCUGCAGUCAAGGUCAACCUUAGUGAGAAGUUCACUGCUGUGGCUCCCUCCAGCCCUGCCAUCGGCUCCCAGGCUGCACCUGCAACGCUGUCGUUCCCCUCUGCCUCCAAGCCAGCUGCUUCCGGACCUCUCAGCCACCCCACGCCCCUCUCGGCAUCCAGCUCCGUGUCGUCAAAGUCCUCGGUCUCUCCCUCGGCAUCAGGGCGAUCUGCUCAGGGCAGCCCGGGCCCAGCGUCCUCAAUGGUACAGAAGUCACCCAGGAUAACCCCUCCAGUGGCAAAGUCAGGCUCUCCCCAGGCAAAAUCACUUCAGCCUCCUGUUACGGAAAAGCAGGGCCAUCCGUGGAAAGAGUCCGAUCCUGUGAUGGCUGGAAUCGGGGAGGAGAUCGUACACUUUCAGAAGGAGUUGGGAGAGCUGAAAGCCCGCACUUCCAAAGCUUGUUUCCAAGUGGGCACUUCGGAGGAGAUGAAGAUUCUGCGAACGGAAUCCGACGACCUGCACACUUUCCUUCUGGAGAUCAAAGAGACCACAGAGUCUCUUCAUGGAGAUAUAAGUACCCUGAAAACAACCUUACUUGAGGGCUUUGCUGGCGUUGAAGAAGCCAGAGAGCAAAAUGAGAGAAAUUGUGACUCUGGAUAUGUGCACUUGCUCUACAAGAGACCCCUGGAUCCCAAGAGCGAAGCAAAGCUCCAGGAGAUCCGGCGCCUCCAUCAGUAUGUGAAAUUUGCCGUCCAAGAUGUGAAUGACGUGCUGGACUUGGAAUGGGAUCGGCAUCUGGAACAAAAGAGAAAACAAAAGCGCUUGCUGGUCCCGGAGCGAGAGACGCUGUUCAACACCCUCGCCAACAACCGGGAAAUCAUCAACCAGCAGAGGAAGAGGUUGAACCAACUGGUGGACAGUCUCCAGCAGCUCCGUCUCUAUAACCAGACCUCCCAGUGGAGCCUCCCCUCGGACGUUAGCUCCCAGAGCAGCCCUCACAGUUUUGACAGUGACCUCGAAAGUCUCCGCAAUGCCUUGUUGAAAACCAGCAUAGAAUCCCACACCAAGCCCUUGCCCAGAGUGCCGGCCAAACUGUCCCCCGUGAAACAAGCACAACUGAGAAACUUCUUGGCCAAGAGGAAGACGCCCCCAGUGAGAUCCACCGCUCCAGCCAGCCUGUCUCGGUCAGCCUUCCUGUCGCAGAGAUACUAUGAAGACUUGGACGAAGCCAGCUCCACGUCGUCCGUGUCCCAGUCUUUGGAGAGCGAAGACACGCGGGCGUCCUGUAAGGACGAAGACGCGGCGGUGCAGGCCCCUCGGCACGCGCCUGUGGUUCGCACCCCUUCCAUCCAGCCCGGCGUCUUGCCGCAGGCAGCGCCUUUUGCCAAAUCUCACCUGAUUCAUGGUUCGCCCGGCGUGAUGGGAACUUCAGUGUCUACGUCUACCAGCAAACUUAUUCCUCAAGGGGCCGAUAGCACGAUGCUUGCAACAAAAACCGUGAAACACGGCGCACCUGGUCCUUCCCACCCCAUCUCGGCUCCCCAGGCGGCUGCUGCUGCAGCGCUGAGACGGCAGAUGGCCAGUCAGGCCCCAGCUGUAAGUACUUUGACUGAAUCAACUCUGAAGAACGUCCCUCAAGUGGUAAACGUGCAGGAACUGAAGAACAAUCCUGGAGCCCCCUCUGCUGCGAUGGGCUCUUCGGUGCCAUACCCUGCAGCCAAAGCGCCCCACCCAGCGGUGACUCCGGCAGCUGCCAACCCGGCUAAACAGGGAUCUCUAAUAAAUUCCCUAAAGCCGUCGGGGCCCACGCCAGUGUCCGGUCAGUUGUCAUCUGGUGAUAAAGCCUCAGGGCCAGGGGCAUCCAAGAUAGAAACAGCUGUGACUUCUACCCCAUCUGCUGCUGGGCAGUUCAGCAAGCCUUUCUCAUUUUCUCCAUCAGGGACUGGCUUUAAUUUUGGGAUAAUCACACCAACCCCGUCUUCUAAUGUCACUGCUGCACAAGGGGCAGCACCCCCCACUAAAGAGCCAAACCAGCUCGACACGUUCCCGUUUGGUGGGGGAGGCAAACCCUUCUAUGAGACGGUUCCUGAAAGCUCGCCGCCCUCGGGGAUGACCGCAUCAACCACCACUGGAGCCACCGCUGCCUCUCCGGCAGAGUCUGCGCCUUCAAGCAGCAGACCUGUGGCCCCUUCUGGAAUCGCUCCCUCCACCACCUCUAGCAAGCCGGAACCCCCGCCAUCCAAGUUGGGAGAGCUUCUGUUUCCGAGUUCUUUGGCUGGAGAGACUUUGGGCAGUUUUUCAGGACUGCGGGUUGGCCAAGCAGAUGAUUCUACAAAGCCAGCCAUGAAGGCUCCAUCCACAGGCCUGACUAGCGCACAGCCAACCAAGACUUCAACCAUCCCCUCGGGGUUUAGUUUUACCAGCCCUCCCGUGUUAGGGAAGCACGCAGAACCCCCCGUGACCUCCUCUGUGACCGCAGCCACAGGGGCCCCUCUGGCAGCCACCACCAGCACGGGCACUAGCAGUCCCUCGACUGGCAUUUUCGGCGCUCUGCCCGUAGCCAGUGCGGGAUCCUCUGGAGUUCUGGGUUUCGGUGGGCUGUCCCUAAGUGGUAGCAAGACUAGUUUUUCCUUCGGAAGCCAACAGACGAGCAGUACAGCGCCCCCACCUGCCCCACCGUCAGCCACAACUGCCGCUCCCCUGCCUACGUUGUUCCCCAUGAUGUCGUUUGGUAGCCUCCUGAGUUCAGGGUCUGCUCCCACCCUGCCCACGUCCUCUGGUAAGAGCGCGGAAGAGGCCGCAUCCUCGGCCUCAUCCGAGAAGCCGGACAACGGCGACGCCUCGGCGUCCGCGACCUCGCUUCUGGGGCAGCCACCGUCAGCCCCGCUUCCCCAGGCUCCUCCGCAGACUUCUGACCCGGUUAAAAAAGAACCUGCUCUGGCACAGCCCGCAGUCAGCAGCCCGGGCCCCGCAGCGUCCGGCGGCGGUCUCGCGACACCCGCCGCGGAGGCCACGCCAGCGGCCCCCGCGGGCCCUGACGUCAAGACGGAACUGGCCUCCCCCGCUUCCACGCUCUCGGCUCCCGGGCCGCCUGCCACCGCCGCGGCUACCCUCCCGGGCGCGGUCCCCGUGGCCGUUGAAACCCCAGGUCCCCCCACGACCUCCAGCUCCGUUUCCGGCGCUGCUCCGAGCCCGGCCGCAGAGACCGCGGCGUUUGGGACCACCACCUGCGGCUCUUCUGUCUUCGCUCAGCCGCCCGCUGCCAGCUCCAGCUCCGCUUUCAGUCAGCUCUCCGGCCCCGCGGCCACCGCCCCGUCCGCCGCCCCCGUGUUCGGGCAGGCGGCCGCCGGCUCCGACCCGGGCCUGUUCGGGCCACAGGCGGGAGGCGCGGCCGGCGCGGCCGCCGCCACGCCGCCCGCCAGCAGCUCCGGCUUCGGCGGUCCCGCUUUUGGCGCGUCGGCCACCGGGGUGUUCGGACAGACGACGUUCGGGCAGGCCCCGGCCUUCGGGCAGUCGACGAGCAGCCCCGCCAGCGUCUUUUCCUUCAGCCAGCCUGGGUUCAGCUCGGUGCCCGCGUUCGGUCAGCCCGCGGCCUCCACCUCGGCGUCUACCAGCGCGAACGUCUUCGGUGCCUCCUCCAGCACCAGCAGCUCCAGCUCCUUCUCGUUCGGACAGUCCUCUGCCAACACAGGAGGGGUGCUGUUUGGCCAAAGCAACCCUCCCGCGUUCGGGCAGAGUCCCGGCUUCGGGCAGGGAGGCUCCGUGUUCGGUGGCACCUCGGCCGCCACCACGACCACGUCAUCUUCUGGGUUUAGCUUUUGUCAAGCUUCAGGUUUUGGGUCUAGCAACACUGGUUCUUUGUUUGGUCAAGCAGCCAGUACGGGCGGGACAGUCUUCGGCCAGCAGCCCUCUUCCAGCGGGAGCGUGUUUGGGUCUGGAAACACUGGAAGAGGGGGAGGUUUCUUCAGUGGCCUUGGAGGGAAACCCAGCCUGGAUGCGGCCAACAAAAACCCAUUCAGCUCGGCCAGCGGGGGGUUUGGGUCUGCAGCCACUCCAAAUACCUCUAAUCUAUUCGGAAACAGCGGGGCCAAGACAUUUGGUGGAUUUGCCAGCUCAUCGUUUGGAGAGCAGAAACCUGCCGGCACUUUCAGCUCUGGAGGAGGAAGUGUGGCAUCCCAAGGCUUCGGGUUCUCGACUCCAAAUAAAACAGGUGGCUUCGGUGCUGCUCCAGUGUUUGGCAGCCCUCCUACUUUUGGGGGAUCCCCUGGGUUUGGAGGGGUGCCAGCAUUCGGUUCAGCCCCAGCCUUUACAAGCCCUCUGGGCUCGACGGGAGGCAAAGUGUUCGGAGAGGGUACUGCAGCCGCCAGCGCAGGAGGAUUCGGGUUUGGGAGCAGCAGCAGCACCACGUCUUUCGGCACGCUGGCAAGUCAAAACGCUCCGACUUUCGGAUCGCUGUCCCAACAGACUUCUGGAUUUGGGACCCAGAGCAGGGGAUUCUCUAGCUUUGGAUCAGGCGGAGGAGGAUUCAGCUUUGGAUCGUCUAACUCGUCUGUCCAGGGCUUCGGUGGCUGGAGAAGCUGAGUGGGUGUCCGUGUUCCUUCCUGGGACCAACUGCAUUCCGGGCUCCUCGUCACCGAGCAACACUGGAGCAGUCCUUUAACGUGGACAUUCUCACUGCAGCACACCCAGAAACAGCAGAAACCAAAACUCCAGAGACGCUUGACCGCUUGUCUGUUUUGCUGUCGAUUUCGUGUUGGUUGUCCCGUCCCCCUUCCUGGCCCCCCUCUAUUAAACUCUUUGGUCUGUUUCCGUGCGGAA